AGAACGACGUGAACUUAUUUAUUACUCUAAAUAUAAACUUGUCUUGGUGCAAAGAUUUUUUUUAAUAGAAACAGUGUUCAGGGUGGAAAGUAAGUUUGCAGAUAGUGUCAAAGCAACGCUGUCGCCGCUGAGAUCCGCUCACGUCCUGAGCUGAGAGCUCUUCCCUCUCUCUCUCUCGUAAUCUCGCGUUAGCGGCGCUACAUUUGUCCUCUCCUGCUACUGACAGGCGAGUGCACGCCAACCCAUUUCCAGGUUUUCCAUUUCAACAUGGCCACUACCGCAACGUGUACCAGGUUCAGCGAGGAGUACCAGUUAUGCGAAGAGCUUGGAAAGGGGGCAUUUUCCGUUGUUCGCAGAUGUGUGAAAUUAUCCACAGGGCAAGAGUAUGCCGCGAAGAUCAUUAACACCAAGAAGCUGUCCGCCAGAGACCACCAGAAGCUGGAACGUGAAGCCAGGAUCUGUCGCCUCUUGAAGCAUCCCAAUAUCGUGCGUCUCCAUGACAGCAUAUCAGAAGAAGGAUUUCAUUACCUCAUAUUUGACCUGGUCACUGGUGGAGAGCUGUUUGAAGACAUUGUGGCCAGAGAAUACUACAGUGAGGCAGAUGCAAGUCAGUGUAUUCAUCAGAUCCUCGAAAGUGUCAACCACAUUCAUCAGCAUGACAUAGUGCACAGAGACCUCAAGCCAGAGAACUUGCUGCUUGCAAGUAAAUGCAAAAAUGCAGCCGUGAAGCUAGCUGACUUUGGACUGGCGAUUGAAGUUCAAGGUGAUCAGCAGGCAUGGUUUGGGUUUGCAGGGACUCCUGGAUACCUUUCCCCAGAGGUUUUAAGGAAAGAUCCAUAUGGAAAACCAGUUGACAUCUGGGCAUGUGGAGUCAUCCUCUACAUAUUACUAGUUGGCUACCCUCCCUUCUGGGAUGAGGACCAGCAUAAGCUUUAUCAACAAAUCAAGGCUGGUGCUUAUGAUUUUCCCUCUCCGGAAUGGGAUACCGUCACCCCAGAAGCCAAGAACCUCAUCAACCAGAUGCUAACCAUCAAUCCGGCCAAGAGGAUAACAGCAGCUGAGGCCCUGAAGCAUCCAUGGGUCUGCCAACGUUCAACCGUAGCAUCGAUGAUGCACCGUCAAGAAACAGUGGAGUGCUUGAGGAAGUUCAAUGCCAGGCGAAAGCUGAAGGGUGCAAUUCUGACUACGAUGCUCGCAACAAGAAACUUUGCAGUUGGCAGGCAGUCCACAGCUCCGGCUGCAGCAGCCACAGCUGCUGCUGGUCUGGCUGAGCAAGCAGCUAAGAAUUUGCUUAACAAGAAGACAGAUGGAGUUAAGGCACAGACUAACAACAGCAAAAACAACGUAGUCAGCACCCCAAAGGAACCCGCCCCUUCAGCCACAAUGGAACCACAGACGACAGUUGUCCAUAAUCCUCCAGAUGGCAUUAAGGGUUCAACAGAGAGCUCCAAUACGACCACUGAAGACGAAGAAGGGAAAGCACGCAAGCAAGACAUCAUCAAGAUCACAGAGCAGCUCAUCGAAGCAAUUAAUAAUGGAGACUUUGAAGCUUACACGAAAAUCUGUGAUCCGGGUCUUACCUCCUUUGAACCUGAAGCACUUGGAAAUCUCGUGGAAGGGAUGGAUUUCCACAAGUUUUAUUUUGAGAAUUUGUUGUCGAAGAACAGUAAGCCGAUCCACACUACAAUUCUCAACCCCCACGUUCAUCUAAUCGGAGAGGACGCAGCGUGCAUUGCCUACAUCCGCCUAACGCAGUACAUCGACGGCCAGGGCAGGCCAAGGACCACACAGUCGGAGGAGACCAGGGUCUGGCACCGUCGCGAGGGCAGGUGGCAGAACAUACACUUCCAUUGCUCAGGAGCCCUCGCAGCUCCACUCCAGUGAACACCCUGUGCAGCUUGGAGAUGCUGGAGCGGACUUCUCGUCUAAACAGUGGAUUGAAGCCAAUCACUGUCAUGGUGAAUUCUUGAAGACCAACAGCGCCAUGCGCCAGUCUGCAUGUGUAUGAUGCUGUGGUGGCUGACUAUUUGUUGUUUCCAUGGACCCAUCGUGUUUGUUUCUGCUGUAUGGGAGAUGUACAGAUAAAAAUGGCUGCUGUAUAUGUUCCUGAUAACUCUAGUCUGAUAGCAGAGGUUCAACCGAAAUAGAGUCUGAACCCAUUACUUGCCAAAGUAUGGAGAUCCGUCCUUUAAACUUAAACUAGAAACUAAAAAAAUCAUUAAAAAAUUAACAGGUUGCAGUAGUGCUCAGAUUUUAAAAAAACAAGUAUGCCAUUCUUGUCAAGAUUUAAUCGAGAUGACAUUAACUGUGGAUGGUUAAUUGUCAGUCUGAGAGUAAUGUUGUUACAGUAAGCUCAGUUGAAGAGUGUGUAAAGGAGGGUGCCUCUACUCCUUCUGUCAGUGAGAGGUGAGGCAUAAACUGCUGACCCACUAACCUACUUGGAGGUUGAUGAGCAACAUAUGUUGAAGCUCAAAAGGCCAAGGCUAUGACCUCGCUGCUCUGCAAAACUGUCUGAGACACACAAAAAAAAUACUUCUAGGUGAUCGCAUUUUUAAUCUUCUCUCUCUCCUGCCGAUCUAUUGCAAAGUGAAGCUGUGAUCUCAUUUAUUGAAAUGGACCACACGUAAUAAAGUAUUCCUUUCUCAUCUGUUCACAUUUCUUCCAGUGUUUUUCUGCAGCAAGGUUAAUAUGAAUGUAUAAUAUUGAAGUUUUUUGUCGUGCCUAAGUGCAGUAAUAUUAUCUUUGGUUUUACACAAAAAAAUUGCAUCCACAGGUUUGCAGUAUGUUGUAAUCUAGUUACUGAUCACAGCUUUUUUAAACUGUCUGGUGGUUAUACUCUGCCUUGUGUCUUUGAGGUAUGGUGUAGGUGUAUAUAGCCAGAUAACCUUAUUUUAAUGAGAGUACAAGAUCAAACAUGAGACGCGCGGUGUUGGCCUUUCUCAACAUCGCUGUGCUGCUGAGAGGAAAACUCGUCACCCUUGGAUAAAAUGGUCACGACGUUUAAAACAUAUAUGCAGUUUUACAGAGGUUGUGCAUGUGUUGUUGUCGGUCAAUAUUUUCACUGUACGUGUUUACUUGACAAAAAAAUAAUGAUGUACCUAGUUCUGCAUCUUUAACAAUCUUGCACAGUCUUGGACAGUAUGUACCACAUAAUUUAAGCCUAAGCUUGAUAUGAUAAAUUCCUGUUUAAAAAUAAAUUAAUUAAUUGCAUUGUUACUGUAUCUUAUGGGGCUAAUAUCUUAUAGUUUUAAUUGAGGCAAUCGAUGCAGAAUUUUGCAUGAUAUAUAUUACAAGAAAAAUACCCAGUGUUUGUUUGUUAUGAAUGUUGGUAGAUCUUCAUAGCUUUGUUACUAUAGGACUUGAUCUUAAAAAAAGUAUUUAAUAAAAUGAAUACAAACUAUUGCAUCUUGUUUUAACUGCAGCAUUUUGUGGAUUGGCUACCCUUAAGCCUGUGUGAAUUUGUCGUUAAAGAGCAUUCUCAAAAUGCGAUAUUCAGUGUUUUCAGUUAUUUCAUUUAAUGAGUCACAAAAUAUGUGAAACUGGAUGUUAAACUUCUCUUGACCUAAACCAUCUCCCAGUCUGUAUCUGGGUUAGUUCUUGUUUAAUCAGAACUCAAAAGGCAAACACGCCCAAAACUUCUCCAUUCUUAGCCAACCAGGCCUCCCCCACCCCCAGCCAGUCUUCACGUCAUACCCAAACUAUUCUCAUGGAGAAUUGAUAGCACAGAAGGUGGCUGUUCAUUCCAUUGUGUCCAUACUUUGCUCUGCUUCAAACUGCCCGUUGGUCAGUUCCCUUGCUCAGAACUGUACGGGGUUAUCCUCACACAGCAUAUCUUCGUCAACGUUUAGAGGAAAUCGUGAAGGAGGAACAGUCUUUAUUCAGAUGUGAGUCUGGUUGAAGUCCUUUACACAGACAAAGGUAAAGUUUAGACUUUUCAUUGGUUCUGGGUCAGAACUCAAAAGCAAACAUGCCCAAAACUCCUCCAUUCCAAGCCACCCUACCCCACCACCGGCCCUCCCAUCAUACACGUCAAUGAUGCAGAAGGCCAUUCAGCCCAUUGUGUCAUGCCAGUCAAAAAGAGCAGUCUCACCAAGUUUCACCCAUUUUGAGACUCGAUGCUUUCAGUUACCUUUUUUCAAUGUAACCUGUUUCUGUGUGUCUAGCACUUUUAAAGAAAAAAAAUAAACACACA